CCGCGGGUCAGGCUGCGGACCCCAAAACCGCGCGGUUUUGCCUCAGAAUCGGCGCGGCCGCUGCCCCCUGGCGGCCGGGGACGUGUUUGGGGCCGGGAGGGAGGCGACAGCGAUGUGAGUGAGCUGCUGCGGGCUGCAGCCCUGCCCUGGGGGGCUGCAGCAGGCGGGGGGCUGAGCCCCGCGCCCCCAGCGCCGUGUGUGUCUCCGCAGGGAUGUCCCCGGGCUCCCCGUCGGCGGCUGCCCCGCGGCUCCUGUACCGCAGCACCCGCCUGCUGCACGCGGCCUUCCUGCGGCUGCACCAGCAGCAGCAGCGCGAGGACGUCUUCUGCGACGUGAUGCUGCGGGCAGAAGGGGAGGCGGUGGCAGCCCACUGCUGCGUGCUGUCGGUGUGCAGCCCCUUCUUCAUGGAGCAGCUGGCCCGGGAGCUGCCCCCCCAGGGUCGCAGGGUGGUGCUGGAGCUGCAGGGGCUGAAGAUUGGGGCGCUGCGCAAGCUGGUGCGCUUCCUCUACACUGCCGAGCUGGAGGCGUCCUCGGAGGAGGCGCAGGAGGUGCUGGCGGCCGCCCGGCAGCUCCGUGUGGCCGAGCUGGAGUCGCUGCAGCUGCAGGGGGGCUGCCUGGUGCACCCCGGGCCCCGCUGGAGGCUCAACCGCAGCUGCCUGCGCGCCCCCCAGCCCGGCUCCCCUGGGCUCUGCCCCACAGCAGGCGGCGGGGCUGAGCCUGGGCGUGCUGGAAGCCCCCCUAAGGGGGCCCCGUGCCCCAGACCUCCCCUGGGGCGCUUGAAACUGAGGAAGGUGGAGGGUGGGAAGCAAUGGGAGGUGGUGCAGGAGGGGCAGCCCCGUGAGGGGCCGGCUGUGGGUGCUGGAGGGGUGGCAGAGCCGUGGUCCCCCCCCGCAGCCUGUGGGCCAGAGGAGCAGCAGGGGAAUGGCCUCGGGGAGGACGAGGAGGUGGACGUGGGGGUGGCAGAGCCGUGGCUGCCCCCCGGUGCUGUCUGCGCCUGGCCCAGCCCCUCAUCAGAGUCUGAUUGGGAGGUAGAUAUCCUGGGCUAGGGUCCCAGGAGCCCCCUGCCCCGCACCCAAGUGACAGGCCACCCCUGCAGGGCCAUGGAGGCCACGCGUUGUUGAGAAAAUAAAGUUCUGGAGCAGACA